AUGAAAUAUUCUAAUAGUAAACAUUAUGCCAAUGUUAUAUAUUUUUAUAAUGGACACUUACCUCACUGUGGCGGUGGAGACGCGAACACAUCCGUUGAAUACUGUUCGAUUACUGCGGACGGCCCGGCGAGACAGAUGUGGGUGAGAGAUGAGAGCGGGCCGAAUAUUGUAUUACGUAUUUAUAUAUUUCAUGGUAGUACGCAUUUUCCGAGUGGCGGCGCUGGUAGUUUCGGUGGUAAUGGCUGUAGCGGAUGUAGAAUGGGGUCAACUGGUGCGUCCCCUAAGCUUGUGCAAGCACAACUUUGCAUACUCGCUUACAUUGUUGCCAACCCCUGUCGCAACCAAGGCGUUGGACACCAAGAGUUCACGCAGCAGGAUGUCCAACGAACAAAUUUAUAA